CAGUCACCUGAUUCUGAUACUGCCAUUUUGCGCGGAGCGUCCGACCGUUAACUAUAGGAAAUUGGAAUUGUUGCUUCAUCAAAGAUGUCAUCAACGAGAUGCUGAAUUUUCACAUUUAGGACCACUGCUGCAACUGUUUGACUGGGAUAAUAUCCAUAUAAUAUUUCGUAUUCUCAAUAGCGCGUGCAUUUAUAUAACACGUAAGGGCGCUGAAGGAAUUUGGAAAAUGAUGCUUGGUAUCAAAUUCCGUGAUGCACCGACUCCGCGCAUGAAAUGAAGCAGGGCGAGAUUUUCCGCGGCUAGACGUCGAGAACGCAACGAUUUUCUUUUUCGUUCGCUGAGAUAGUUCGCUUCGUUCAAACAGCAAUUACAUGGUUAACCGGCAACACCGGAGGCUUGCGAGUAACAUAGUGUCCUUUUUGCGCGUGCUGAACUGGUAGGCCUAUUUAAAUAACGGUCUGUCAUUAUAUUGUCCUCGUUUCAGCGCGCGGUGAUUGCUGUUAUCUGAAUGUCAGAGCAUCCUCGCCCGUGUCCGCUUCGUAUCAGGGUAGCGCUCUCCGCAAGACCGACUAAGCCCACGGAGCGGGCUCCCACACACCCCUGCAGCAAAUAGAUCUGUUUGAAAGACGAUUUAUUGAAAAUCGUAAUAUGUCAGGACAGUCCAUCACGGACCGGAUCGCCGCGGCUCAGCACAGCAUGACCGGAUCUGCCAUCAGCAAAGCCGUGUGCAAGGCCACGACGCACGAAGUCAGCGCGCCCAAGAAGAAGCACCUUGAUUAUCUAAUGCACUGCACCAAUGAGCUGAACGUGAAUAUACCUCACUUGGCUGACACAUUGUUUGAGAGGACAGCAAAUCAAAGCUGGGUGGUGGUCUUUAAAGCUCUCAUUACCACACACCACCUCAUGAUGUACGGCAAUGAGAGGUUUAUCCAGUACCUUGCAUCAAGAAGCACACUCUUUAACUUGAAUAAUUUCAUAGAUAAAGGCGCAUUACAAGGUUACGAUAUGUCCAUCUACAUUAGACGUUACAGCAGGUAUCUGACCGAGAGGGCUCUGUCCUACAGACUCGUCGCAGCUGACUUCACCAAGAUGAAGAGAGGGACGGAUGGAGUAAUGCGCACUAUGAGCAUAGAAAAGCUGAUGAAGACUCUACCUAUCAUUCAGAAUCAGCUGGACGCCCUUCUGGAUUUUGAGGCCAACUCUAAUGAACUGACCAAUGGGGUGAUCAAUUGUGCCUUCACGCUGCUCUUCAAGGACUCUAUCCGCAUCUUUGCUGCUUACAAUGAGGGUGUCAUUAAUCUGCUAGAGAAAUAUUUUAAUAUGAAGAAGAAUCAAUGCAAAGAGGCACUGGAAAUAUACAAGAGGUUUCUUAUCAGGAUGACCAAGCUCUCAGAGUUUCUCAAGGUGGCAGAGCAAGUUGGAAUUGAUCAGGUUGACAUCCCAGAUCUCUCACAGGCUCCCAGCAGUCUCUUAGAAGCUCUGGAACAACAUCUGGCUUCUCUGGAGGGCAAGAAAAUUAAAGAGGCCUCUACUGUUAGCAGGGAGGUGGAGGGUGACAGACUACAGCCUGCAAAGGCUGUUCAGCUCAAAGACAUAGGCAUGCAGACCCCAACAAUAUCUCCCAGCGGGCAGUCUGUGGGCAGUGCCAACAGUAGCUGCACCAGCAGCGGAGCCACCGAGCUUCUGUCCAGUCCACCUGAUCUAACCAUCACAAACGGUGUGCACAACUUCACCAAUGAACAUUUUGAUCUCCAACAUAAUUCCAGCACCCCUGCUCUGACGACUACCCUACCAGCCAGUAACAACAGCUGGGGAGGAGCACUUUUGAAGCCCACCUUCUCCUCGCAGGUCCAAAGUCAAGGCACACAGCUCUACAAUGGAGGAAAAUUACUUACUAAUGACCUGGACUCAUCCUUGGCCAAUCUUGUGGGCAAUUUACAUUUUGGAGGACCCCCAGCCAAAAAGCCAGAAGUUCAGUGGACUCACUUUGAGAAGAAAUCAUCUGGAGGUUCCCACUGGCAGUCUAAAGCCAUGAAUGGCACAGUACCCUGGAGCCACACGCACCUGGCCCCUGCUCCCAUACCGAUGCCACAGAUGAAUGGAAUGAUUUAUACUGGCUAUGCACCAGCUCCAGUUGCAUUUCCGAUGACAACCCCCCAAGUGCCUGUGUAUGGGAUGGUAAGUGUUUCUCAUCCUGGGGGCCAUUACCUGGGUCGGGCUGUUGUCGUUGAGCCUUCAUUACUGCCAUUUCUAUUCCCCACUGAACCCCUGCCACCACCUUGGAGCUGGGAAUGA